CGGUACAGGAUGCCUGGUGCAGGGAGCCCGGUACCCCCGGUACAGGAUGCCCGGUGCUUGGUGCAGGGAGCCCGGUACCCCCGGUACAGGAUGCCCGGUGCUUGAUGCAGGAAUCCCGGUCCCCUUUAUCCCGGUGCCCACUGCCCGGUGCGGGAUGCCCGGUACCGGGUUGCAGCCUGCCUGGUCCCCUUUGGCCGGCGUCCGCUGCCCUGUCCCCCUUGCCCGGGGCAGCGUGCCCCGUUGCCGGACCCCCAUCCCGGAAUGCUGUGCCCGGUUCCCUUGGCCGGUGCAGCGUUCCCGGUUCCCCUCGGCCGGUGCCCGGUCCCCCGGCCCCGCUUCCUGCUCGCUCCGACGUUCCAUUGUGCGGAGCUUCCAUUGUGACGUCUCGGCCUCGGCUCGGCUUUGUCUGUCCAUAUAUGGGCAGCUACGUCACGGAGCGCUCCCGCAUAAAGGCCCCGCGGAGUCCCCGGCGGAGCAGUCGGGCGGCAGAGAAGGAACCGGCGAGCGGAGCGGGGCCGAGCGCGGGGGAAGCGGGGCCGGGAGCCGGCGAGAGAGAGAGAGAGAGCGACAGAGAGAGAGAGGAGGGGUUAAAUCCUCCCCCCCCACCACCACCGCCCCCCCCCCCCCAGCUUCUACAACCACAUCUGCCAGCCAGAUCGCCCCCUCCCCCUCGAGGAAACACCACCAAGGGACCCACGGAGGACCGCGCCCCCCCCGCGCCCCCUCCUCCGCGGCCACCCCCAGCCCCCCCCCCGCCUCCUCCUCCUCCCCCCCGCCGCCCCCGCCCCAACUUUUCUUCUUGCAUGAUUUCCCUCGCACGGAUUUGCCACUCGGAUGUUGUUUCCUCGGGAGCCGAGCUCGGAGCCACGUUGAACCAGCCUUUUCCUCCAGUGCUAUGACAGGCAAACUACUGGAGAAGCUGCCGGGGACCAUGAACACUUUGAUGAACCAAUUGCCUGACAAUCUGUACCCAGAGGAGAUCCCCAACUCUUUGAAUAUCUUCUCCAGCACCAGCGACUCGGUGGCUCACUACAACCAGAUGGCUGCAGAUAAUGUUAUGGACAUUGGCUUAGCGAACGAAAAGGCCGGUCAGGAAUUGUCCUCCUACUCGGGCACUUUUCAACCCGCCCCGGGCAACAAGACUGUCACCUACCUGGGGAAAUUCGCUUUUGACUCGCCCUCCAACUGGUGCCAGGACAACAUCAUCAGCCUGAUGAGCGCCGGCAUCCUGGGGGUGCCGCCGUCCUCGGGCGCGCUCACCAGCACGCAGAGCUCGGCAGGCAGCAUGGGGCCGCCGCAGGGCGAGGUGGACCAGAUGUACCCCACGCUGCCGCCCUACUCCUCCUGCAGUGACCUCUACCCGGAGCCCGUCUCCUUCCACGACCCCCAGAGCAACCCUGGCCUCACCUACUCCCCCCAGGAUUACCAGGCGGCCAAGCCCGCCUUGGACAGCAACCUCUUCCCCAUGAUCCCAGACUAUAACCUCUACCACCACCCCAACGACAUGGGCACCAUCACGGAGCACAAACCCUUCCAGAGCUUGGACCCCAUCCGCGUCAACCCGCCCCCCAUAACCCCGCUGGAGACCAUCAAGGCCUUCAAGGACAAGCAGAUCCACCCGGGUUUCGGGGGGCUGCCGCAGCCGCCCCUCACGCUCAAGCCCAUCCGACCCCGCAAGUAUCCCAACCGGCCCAGCAAGACGCCGCUGCACGAGCGGCCCCACGCCUGCCCGGCCGAGGGCUGCGACCGCCGCUUCUCCCGCUCCGACGAGCUCACCCGCCACCUCCGCAUCCACACGGGCCACAAGCCCUUCCAGUGCCGCAUCUGCAUGCGGAGCUUCAGCCGCAGCGACCACCUCACCACCCACAUCCGCACCCACACCGGCGAGAAGCCCUUCGCCUGCGAGUUCUGCGGCCGCAAGUUCGCCCGCUCCGACGAGCGCAAGCGGCACGCCAAGAUCCACCUCAAGCAGAAGGAGAAGAAGGCCGAGAAGGGCUCGGGCGUGCAGCCCCCCGCCGCGCCCCCCGCCGCCACCGCCACCACCUCGCCCCCCGUCGCCCUCGCCCCUGCCGUCACCACGUGCGCUUGAGGGAUUGUGGCACCCCUUCUCCUCCCCUUGCCCUCGGCACCGCUCCGGGGGGAACCCCACGGUGUUCAGGAUACCGGGCUUGCGCUGCGACGGGUCCGCUCUGCCCGCACCCGGAUUGACCGGCUCCGGGCUGCCCGCGCCUGGAUCCUGCCUGCACUUGGAUCGAUGGGACCCGCACCGCCCGCACCCGGAUUGCCCCGGACUCGCGCUGGGUUUGCCCGCAGCACCUGGAUCCCGCUGCCCGCUCCCGCAGCUUCCACAUCCCGGCUGCUUCCACCCGCACCGCCCGGGGCCGGGCCGCCCGCGCUGCCCGCAUCCCGCAACUCCCGCUGCCCCACACCGCACCGCCCGGGCCGGGCUGCCCGCACCCUCCUUGCCCGGCUCUCCCGGAUCCCCGCUGCCGCACCUGGAUUACCGGCACCGCCCGGAUCCCGCCUGGAUUGCCCCAUCCCGGCUCGCCCGGCACCUCCCGGCUCCAUCCCGGCCCGGCUCCGCGCUGCCCGGCCGGCAGAUCCCGGGAAUAUUCCCGGCUGACCUGGAUGCCGGGGCUCGGUCCGACCCGCCCGCCCUGCCCGGGGCUCUCUGCUCCACGAUCGGGCACCCCGGUCCCGUCCUGCCCGGCUGCCCCGGGGCUGGGCGCUCCAGGAUCCGCGAGGGGACGGACGGACGGACGGACGGAUGGACGGACGGACGGAUGGACGGAUGGAUGGACGGAUGGCUGGAUGGACAGAUGGAUGGAUGGAUGGACGGACUGACAGACGGAUGGAUGGAUGGAUGGAUGGAUGGAUGGAUGGAUGGAUGGAUGGAUGGAUGGAUGGAUGGAUGGAUGAUGGAUGGAUGGAUGGAUGGAUGGAUGGAUGGAUGGAUGGAUGGAUGGAUGGACAGAUGGAUGGACGGACAGACGGAUGGAUGAUGGAUGGACGGACGGAUGGAUGGAUGGAGGGAUGGAUGGAUGGACAGACGGAUGGAAGGACGGAUGGAUGGAUGGAUGGAUGGAUGAUGGAUGGAUGGACAGACGGAUGGAUGGAUGGAUGGAUGGAUGGAUGGAUGAUGGAUGGAUGGAUGGAUGGAUGGAUGGAUGGAUGGAUGGAUGGAUGGAUGAUAGAUGGAUGAUAGAUGGAUGGAUGGACGGACAGACGGAUGGAUGGACGGAUGGAUGGAUGGAUGGAUGGACAGACGGACAGACAGACGGAUGGAUGAUGGAUAGAUGGAUGGAUGGAUGGAGCUGAUCCAGCUCCUCUCCUCGCUGGGCCUGGAGCCCCCGUUGUCCCCCGUGUCCCCCCGUGUCACCAAGCACCGGCUCCCCGUGGUGGAGGUAAGAGGGCUCAGCCCCCCAAGCCAGGCUGGUGGGGCGGGGGGCGGCUCUGCGGGUCCCCCCAACUCCGGGGGGCGGCAGGGAGCGAUGUCCCGGCAGCAGCUUUUGGGUUUGUUUUCUUAUUUUUGUUUUCUUUUCCUUUUUAUUGAUUUUUUUUUCCUUUGUUUUCAGCAGAAGGGAAAUUCUUUACAGAAAUACAGGGAAAAAAAAAAAAAAGCACCCCAGUAUUUUGCGGAAUACUUUUUAUAAUGUGAGAUAUUUUUAUUUUAUUUUAUUUGGUCACUUUAAAACAACCACCCAACUAUGGAGGAGAAAAAUCAAUUAGUCCUCUAUUUUAUUAUUAUUUUUUUCUUUCUCCUUCUGGUAUGUGCAUGUCAUUGCAUGACUGCUCUGAUUUUUUUCUUCUUUUGUUUUAAUAAAACUGUGCUCAGACAUUUAAGCUAAACUAAGCAAAAAUAAUAAUGACUUAAAAAGAAAAAAAAAUCUUUGUUGCCAAAAGGUCGUGCUAUCCAGGUUUGAUGUCUGCAUGUGAAAAAAAAAACACAAAAAAACACAUUAAAAACGUACAAAAAAUAAAGAGAGAAGGAAGAAUGCAGUCUAAUUUAUGUGAACUGAAAGGAACAAAAAAAAAAAAAAAAACAAACCACAAUCAGGUUUAACCACACAAACCUAAGGGAAUGAUAUUUUUUGAAAGACUUUUGUAUAAAGUUGAGUACUUAGAGAAAAAAAAAUCAUACCAGAUGUAAUAUAUUUUGUGGAUGUUUUUAUUUCUUGGAUUUAUAGUACCUUAUACUAAGGUUAAAAAAAAAUUAUGCUUGAUAUUGUGAAAAGGUGAUAAUUUUCACACACAUUUCAUUUGCUCAUUUGUCAUGUUGUAAUGCAAAUAUGAUAGUUAAUGCAUACAGCAUUUUUAAGGGAAAAAAUCAGAAAUAUUGAACUGAUGUAUUGUUGUACCAUUUGCACUGUGAGCAAAUGCUAAUGCAGUAAAUAUAUUGUGUUUGCUGACAAUCAAAA